AUGUUGUCACGAUGUGAGUACCUGUAUGUGGCAUACCUUAAGUGUGCGCGAUCUGCCCUCGACUGCGUCUUUCCAGCUCGCAAGCGCACUCGCAAACCCAGGCAGGCUCGGCAAAGCGAACUAUUGAACCGCAUCCACCGUUUGGAGAGCAUUGUCGGCAAGGUCGAGUCCGCCGUCUCCAAGCCUCCACUGGGGACAUUUAUCAAGGUGGAAUCCGGUGCGCCUCAUACCCAGGAACAAACAGAGUCACCAGGCAACACUGUGACAAAUGCAGGGCCAGCGACGACAUCAUCAUCCCGUGAGACAUCUGUGGCCCCGAAUAACUACCUCAGCAGCGACUUCUGGUCGAAUUUAUGUGACGAGGUCGAUGGGAUCAAGCAAGCUCUGGACCAGGAAUCGGAGAGCGACAAAUCAGAUGACGACGAAGGGCUGUUUUUCAGCUCCGAGUCUCCCUCCCAGACGCACUCAUCCCCUGGAGCUACGUCCGGCUUGAUCAUGACAUUUUCAGGCGACAUAAACCCCUACGGUCCACAACAUCCUUCGCAGGCUCAAAUCAGGCAUCUUUCGCGGACAUAUUUCACCAACGUUGAUCCCGUCAUCAAGAUUCUUCAUCGUCCAACCGCUCCCGCAGAGCUUAGUCACUUUGCCGACUCGUUGGACGCCAAGACCAUCAGCAACGACACGGCAGCGCUCUUUUUUGCCAUGUAUUAUGCCGCUGCCACCUCCAUGAGUCAUGAGGAAUGUCUGGUUUUCUUGUCAGAGGACAGAUCCACCAUUCUCCCCCACCGCCCGCGUCCCUCCACCCGCCCCGCCUCCGCGUACCCCGCCCUACCAUGCUGCGCACCGCCAUCUCCGUCCUCGAGCUCGUCCACCAUGCACGACAGCACCCCCCAGGCCGCGCGCUUCCACUGGUGGUACGACAUGUAUCCCCAGUGGCACCCGCUCGCCGUGGCCCUGGCCGAGCUGUGCGCGCAGACGGAGGGCGAGCUCGUUGACAGGGCGUGGGUCGUCGUCGAGGGGGCGGUCCCUAGACUCGAGAGUAUGGUGGCUGACACGAGGAAAGGGCCGCUGUGGAGGCCGGUGAAGAAGCUGUUGAAAAAGGCGAGGGGCCUGCGGGCCGAAGCUCUGAACAGGAGAGGUAGCGGAGUGACGGAUGCUCCGCAUGGGACGAGCGUGGCGGUGGUGGAAGAAAAUAACGACAGUGUUACUGACGUUGUCAUGCUACCUGCGGCGACUCAACUUUCCGCCGAGCCAUAUGCGGCAGACGCAGGGGACGCUCAAGCCGACUUGUCCUUCCUAGGUGAGCCGUGGCAAUGGGACAAUGCGCAGGAGUUGUACGACGAAUGGGUUGCCCCUGUCGAGGGAGGUGAUCCCUCUAUGGACUGGACGACCUGGAAUGAGUUUCUAGCUGACGCGCAGGUGGAGGGGUCGCCGAGUGAAUAA